AUGUAUGAUACAGUGGCAAAAGCACAUCACGAACUCCCUCUCGCCAGGGUCAAAAGAGUCAUGAAAUCUGAUGGACAAGUCAAGAAGGUGAGCUCGGAGACUCCGGUUUUGUUUUCGAAAGCAUGUGAGCUUUUCAUUAUGGAGCUGACACUUCGUUCAUGGCUACACACUGAAAGAAGCAAUAGACGUAAGUUGCAGCAUUGUGACACUGCCAGGGCAAUUAUGCAGGAUGAGCUGCUUCACUUUUUAGUUCAUGCUGUUCCAUUCGACCAUGCUCAUUGCCAUAAGGAAGAGGAGAUUGGAAAAAUUUCUCAAAACGUUGAUUCUCGUACUACUGGAGCAUUGCGUCUUCGUGAGACAAACCCACUCGGUGGGGGUAUGGGCGAAAUGAAUCAAGUGCUUCAGCAAUACAUGAUUGACCCAUCAAUGUCCUCGGCCGAACUCCAUCGUGACUAUUUUGAAGAUGAUGAAUGA